ACAUUUGGUAGACUGUUGGUAAUUGUUGAAAGAUUGAUUGUGCACAGUGUCAACAAGUUAUUGGCCUUUAGUCCAAUUUGUUGCUUUAUUUAAUUUUAACCAGUCAACAAAUAGUCAAAUCAAACAGUUUAACUGAUUCUGUUAACACUUACAGCUAACAAUUAAGUUAAUUGCUCACGGAAAUGACGAGGAAAAAUGUAUUACAUUCCGACCCAUAUCAUAAAGUGGAUAAGUCAACCCGUAAUUUGACUAUAACAGCCUUUAUUGAGUCCGUGAAAAAAAGUCAUCCCAAUUAGAAGAUUAUCAACAUUUCCAUCAGAGCUGAUUAAUUUAGGGUUCCAAUAGUUUAGGUCUUAAUAUUGGCCUGAAUUGUGGCACUUUUAAUUGAAUAGUAUACCGGUUGGUUAUUGAGCAUUUGUCUCAUUUGUAUGUCACCAUGAUCAACUUGACUGAUUGUCCGAUCCGGUCAGAGUAAUUUCAAUGGUAAUGAUUAACCCAUUAUUAUGAAUCUUUUGUAAGUGACACUUAUGAGACAAUUUUGAAUAUUAAUUAUCAACAAAAAUGAUAACCUUUCUGGUUGCUUUCAAUUUUACUUUGAUUCUCAAGUUCUUGGCUGGCUUUUUGGCUUAAUGAGGUUAAUUGUUGUGGAUCAAAGAAAGCAGUAAUCAGAGAAAUUGUUGAAAUUGUUUUUUCUGUUCAACUAAUGUUUAAUAAGUGUCACCAAAAUGUGGUUUAGCACCAAUUUGGAUGGAUCAAUGAGUUUCAACCAGCCCACUUUAACUGCUACAUGAACAGUAAUAGGGUAAAGUAAAGUUGACUCAAAGUGUUAAACCAUAAGCAAUAACUGUUUACAUGUUGGUGUGUUGAGUGUUUUUGUCUUGCAACUUAUUCGUCUUUAGACUCUUGCAAUUUACCGAAGACAAUUUAAUUCUAGGAAUGACCGUUUUCCCGAUUAUUCAUUUUCUCAGUGUACUUCUCAAUUUAACAAACGGAUUAAAUGAAACCAACGGUAUAACACAGUUACAAGGAUCAUCCUCGCUAUCAGCUGAUUUGGCACAAAGUGAAAUACAACCUUUUCCUCUUGGUCAUCCCUCACCUGUUGUCGAUGGAGUAACACCACAUCAAUCGGAAGGUUCCAAUGUUUUCCCUUAUCUAAUGAGUCGCCCUGUUUUCACUGAAUCCCUGAAAUCAUCUUCUGAACAAGCUUCAGGAAAAUCUGCAAAAGGUAAACAACAAUCGUUUGGAUGGAAGCAAGAUGAUGACUCUAAAUGGUUUAAACAUGGAGGAGAAGAGGAAUCAGAUAAAGAACGAAGUAACAAAGGUCAAAGUUCUUACCAGAAUGGUUCACACAAGAAAUCAUUAGGUCAUGAUAACCGAGAUUUCAAGGAGAAGUGGAAAAAAGGAUCGGAAUCUGGUGAACAUGAAAAUGAAAAGCUGGUUGAAGAGUAUAAUAAAAACAAGGGACGAAUGUACGAAAAGAAGUGGUCCUGGGAGAAGGAGCGUGGUUCAGGCCAUGGUUGGGAAAAUGCUGGUCAUAACGAUCAGAACCAUUCGAAAGGAUUAUUCAAUCAAGAAUACAAUUCUGAAUUAAAGUCUAAUGAAGGAAAAGAAGCUUAUGGCGGAGGAAAGAAAAAUUCACAUGCAGAAACAGAUUCAUGGGCUGGUAAACAUAUUGAUAAAGGAUCACGAAGUGAAGAUAAAGAACGAAGAGGAAAAGAUUCUGUAUUUUUCGAUAAAGAUAGUACAGCAAGCACAAGGAUGUCAAUAAUAUGAAGCAGUGGGAUGAUCAAUGCCAUGACAAAUUUGGUUACCACUGAAUGAUCAAUUUGCCUCAUUUCUAGCUUUUCUAGGAAAUUUACACAGUUAAUCCGCAAUGCAGCUAAUCUAACUGAUUCCAAUGUGAAUAUCAGUUGAUUGAUUUGAUUAAUUUCCCAAGAAAGGCACUCAUAAUGAGUACAUUUUCAUGCCAUGAUACAUUUCAAUAUAAUCCAAAAGUCUUUUGUAUUUGGUUUUGUAUUGUUUUUGUUAUUUUUAUAAGAAACUAUCGUCAUUAAAUUAUUAUGCUUUCAAUUUAA